CCUUGCUGGGUGGAUGACUGGGCGCCGUCAGCCUCUCCGGCCAAAGGGAAGCAGGAAGGGCGAAGGCAGUGGAUCCUCCUGGAACAAGUCGGGAGGCUUUGUCGAUCCCUUGCGGGACAUACCUCCCUCCUCUUUCCCCUCUCUCACUCGGCCCAGGGACCAAAGCCCCCCUGCCAGCUGCAUGAAGGCUCGGACAGGGCUGGUCAUCUGGGCGUCCUGCUCAGAAGGCGGCCAGUCCCCUCUGGCCGCCGGCCGCCCGCGAAGGGAAGAAGCCAUGCCGCCCGACGCAGCAGCCAACCCGGAGUACGCCUUGUGCCAGGCUUACGUGCGCCUGAAGGGACUGGCCGUGCUCGCCGUGGGUACGGGAGCGGCCUUUGCGGUUCUCAGGAAGCCCCUUUCCCUCCCCUGGAGCGCGCUCUUCUCCCUGGCUCUGGUUGGCUUACCCACCUAUGCAAUUACCCGGAGGCAGCUGAAGAACUGUGCUGACUUGUGGGACUUCCAGACCACCCCCUCCAAAAAAGUAGCCCAAAGGUGAGAGCAGGGCAAGGUUGGAGCAGUUCAAAGGCUUGCAGCCAUAUUGCAAAUCCCAACCGGGCAGGACACAAGGCCUGACUGUUCACACCCAACAGCUCACCUGCCAGCAAGUGGUGAAGCAUCAGGUGCCCUCCAAGCAGCGUUUCGGGAGCUGCUUCCUUUUUCGGCUUUAUUCUCCUCAAAAGACAGGCGCUCCACCUUCCUUCAGGCAGCAGGAGAGCAACAGUCCGGUGGCUGAGAUGGGCUGGCACCUUUAUGGGCACUGGAUCCAGUCAGGCCCCUGGUUUCACCACAGCCCAGAGUGGGAAAGUGACGUUU